UAUAAAGAAGCUGGCUUCAUUCACAGGUAACUUGCAAGGAAUGGCCAGCUCGUCGACCUUUCCACAAUCCAGUUCACCAGUUGACGCUCCUCCUCCGCCUUCCGUCGCCAUGGCUUAUCAAGGAACAGAGUGGCACAAGGAUAUGGCCUUUUACAGAGCUGCAUUAACAGGAGAAUGGGAUGCGGCUAGAAAAUUUCUUGAUCGAGACAGCGACCGUGGCGUGCAUGCGAGGCUCGGCUACUAUUCAGAAACACCCCUCCACGUGGCCGUGGCUGCAGGGAAUUCGGAAAACUUUGUGUAUAACCUGCUGGAUUUGAUCCCGGAUGACUUAUCUUUAGCCUUAACAGAUUCGUCAGGAAAUAAUCCGCUGCACGUUGCUGCAGCAGCCGGGAACUACAACGCUGCAGAGAUACUUGUCACAAGAUGUCCUAACUUGCUCCAUCUUUCAAACCAUGACAACAAAUUCCCUCAUCACUUUGCAGCUGAAUACGGUCAUAGGAAAAUUCUUCAGUUGCUGAUUUCCAAUACGAACGAUAAACAUCACACCAAUCCCUUUGCUGGGGAGGGAGGCGUAUGGCUCCUUCUUUCGAUGAUUGAGUCUGAUUUUUUCGAUAUGGCGUUGGAUUUGGUUGGCAAGUAUCCCGAUCUGGAAUGGAUGAAGCCGAAGUCUGUUGGUAGAGUUUUGAAUAAGAUAGCGGUCAAGGCCACAACAUUCGAUGGCGACAAUCAUCUCAAUUUUUGGAAACGUUUCAUAUACUGGUGUGUUUUGAAGAUGGAUGGGAAGUCGCAGUCGUUCGACGUUGAGAAUCAAACUAGUUUAGAGCCUUCAAGGUGGCGCGAGCUUGUCCUAAUACUGCACUCAACUCUUUGUCAAGUUAUCAAAUACUUAGUGCCGGGGAUUAACAGAUUUCACGAAAAGAAAUUGAUGCACGAGCAAAUAGUAGAGCUUGUGAAAUGUUUGUGCAAACAUAUGGAAUCGUUAGACUACAAUGAUGCAGCAGCUAUCUGCUCGGAAACCAUGCUUACAGCAGCCGAAUCAGGAAGCCGUGAUGUUGUCCUAGAAAUUGUAGAGACAUUUCCGCUUGCAGUUCAUUUUCGGAAUUCUUUAGAUCAGAACUUUCUCCACUUGGCCAUCAAGAACCGUUGCGAGAACGUAUUCAAUCUCUUGUAUAUGACCAAUAUGUGUAGAUACCAGUACGCAAAUGCAAUCGACAAUGAUGGAAACUCCAUCCUUCACUCGGCGGCGCAUUUGGCACCUUUUCACAAGCUCAAUUUAGUCUCAGGUGCAGCUCUCCAAAUGCAACGUGAACUACAAUGGUUUCAGGAGACUAGUAAGUUUGUUAGUUCCUAUACGAGGGGCCUACAAAACUAUAGUGGCAAAACGUCUGAAAUGAUAUUUACAGAAGAACAUAGAGAACUGAAAAUAGAUGGAGAGACAUGGAUGAAAGAUACGGCUAACUCAUGUAGUAUUGCUGCAGCAUUGAUUGUUACUGUUGUGUUUGCUGCGGCUAUCACAGUUCCGGGCGGCAACCAAUCGGAUUCUGGUUAUCCGAUGCUCUAUGAAUCAAGUGCAUUCACAAUAUUUGCAGUUUCUGAUGCAGUUUCACUCUUCACAUCAUCUACUUCCCUCUUGAUGUUCUUGUCCAUCCUCACUUCGCGCUAUGCUGAGCAUGACUUUCUGUAUGCACUGCCCAAGCGACUAUCCAUUGGUCUAUUCACGUUGUUUCUUUCAAUCUUGUUUAUGAUGAUAGCCUUUAGUUCAACGUUGUAUCUAGUGUUUGGGAGGAAGAAGGCGUGGGUUCUGUUGCCGGUGGGUGCACUAACUUGUUUGCCUAUUUCUUCAUUCGUGCUACUACAGUUCCCACUUCUUUGGGAUGUCAUUUCGUCCACUUAUGGUCGUGGUGUCUUCGGGAAGCAGAGUAAUCGUACUCGUACAUUUCCCUAACCUAGCAUACAUUUCAAACUUCGUUAACUAGAAACCAAUUUAGUAUAGAACACAAUCAAGUUGCUUGUAUAAAUGCAUGGAUCUCUCAUUUUGUUUAUAACGUUGUAGUAUUUAGUGUUUGUCCCCAUUUCGCAUUGUAGUCUUCUUGACCACUUAUGGCCGUGUUAUUUUGUGGCAAGCACUUGUUAUUAUUGUCGCUAGUCAUUUAAUAUGUUACAUGAUCAGACUUUUUAUCCAUCUAAAAUGUAGAUUGCAAUU